CUCCUUAUCCAAUGAAAAGCAUUUCCUAUUGAGACCCCCAAGAGUUCCCCGGCGGCCCUCGGCUCCAGCAAGGACUUUGGGCCUUUUCUUGUGUCCUGUUUGUUAAAGGCAUGCGGGCUACAGCAUUCAAGAGGGCUAGUUCUUAACAAAGGGAAAGAGAUAAAUGUAAAUAAGCUCACAUUUUCAGAAUGAGCGGUUUGCAGUAAGGAGCUGCGGCAGCCCAGACUCUGCUCCUUUGGGCUGGGCUAACCUUUCCCUGUUUUUUUUUUUUUUUUUUUUUUUUUUUUAAUGGAUAAAAAUAUGCACUUCCAAAGUGCGAGUUGCCCGUUUACAUGUUUAUUAGCUAUUUAUCCACAGGCAUGAGCACAUUCUCUCAUCUAGAACACUCUUUUUUUGGUUCUCAAUUAAGGAAAUCCUUGAUCGUCUGCCUUCAGAAAAUUCAUUGAUUAUCCAAGUCUCAGAAAAAUUUGGUGCCAGAAUUUGGUUUGAACUAAUGAAGAAAGCAUUCUCCACUGGUCCUUAAUCUCAGAGUGGUGAACCCCUGCAUCUAGCAGGCUUUCUGGGAAAAAAAAAUCCAUGGGUGACAGAAGAUUUAUUGACUUUCAGUUCCAAGAUUUAAAUUCAAGUCUCAGACCCAGGUUGGGCAAUGCAACUGCCAAUAAUACUUGCAUUGUUGAUGAUUCCUUCAAGUAUAAUCUGAAUGGUGCUGUCUAUAGUGUUGUGUUCAUUCUGGGUCUAAUAACCAACAGUGCCUCUCUGUUUGUCUUCUGCUUCCGCAUGAAAAUGAGAAGUGAGACUGCUAUUUUCAUCACCAAUCUGGCCCUCUCUGAUUUGCUUUUUGUCUGUACCCUACCUUUCAAAAUAUUUUACAACUUUAAUCGCCACUGGCCUUUUGGUGACACCCUUUGUAAGAUCUCAGGGACCGCCUUCCUCACCAACAUCUACGGGAGCAUGCUUUUCCUCACCUGCAUUAGUGUGGAUCGUUUCCUAGCCAUUGUCUAUCCCUUCCGAUCUCGUACCAUUAGGACCAGGAGGAAUUCUGCCAUUGUGUGUGCUGGAGUCUGGAUCCUAGUCCUCAGUGGUGGUAUUUCAGCCUCUUUGUUCUCCACCACUAAUGUCAACAAUGCGACCACCACCUGCUUUGAGGGUUUCUCCAAACGUGUGUGGAAGACAUACCUGUCCAAGAUCACCAUAUUCAUUGAAGUUGUCGGGUUCAUCAUUCCUCUGAUAUUGAAUGUUUCUUGCUCUUCUGUGGUGCUGAGAACCCUCCGCAAGCCUGCAACAUUGUCUCAAAUCGGGACCAAUAAGAAAAAAGUGUUGAAGAUGAUCACAGUACAUAUGGCAGUUUUUGUGGUAUGCUUUGUGCCAUACAACUCUGUUCUCUUUUUAUAUGCCUUGGUACGCUCCCAAGCCAUUACUAAUUGCUUAUUGGAAAGGUUUGCAAAGAUAAUGUACCCAAUUACCUUGUGCCUUGCAACUCUGAAUUGUUGCUUUGAUCCUUUUAUCUAUUACUUCACCCUUGAAUCCUUUCAGAAAUCCUUCUAUAUCAAUACACAUAUAAGGAUGGAGUCCCUGUUUAAGACUGAGACACCCCUGACCCCAAAGCCUUCCCUUCCAGCUAUUCAAGAGGAAGUUAGUGAUCAAACAACAAAUAAUGGUGGUGAAUUAAUGCUGGAAUCUACCUUCUAGGUAUGAGAAUUGUCUUUCAGGUUCAGCUAUGGUGUUUCCUAUGAUUUUUCCUAUGCUAUAAAUAAGAGGAAAAAAUUGAAGCUAAUGAUGCCGAAAAUAGAUUAAUGUACCAAAUACAGUCAGAUACAUUUGUUUGAACACUUAUUGUACAUAUUCUGUUUUGUUCAGUAAUUAUAGGUCAAGUCUAAUUACAGCAACUAAAACAGAUCAUCAGAUUCUUUUGUUGAGUUGAAAUUUCAUUAUAUAAAUGACCAGUGAUUGUUUUUGACUUUUGAUGAUGUGGGGGUUACUUUAAAACUUAAAAAAAAGACAUUCCAGUGAUUUUGGUAAUUGGGUUGGGCCUAUAAAUAUAGAACAAAUUCAGGGAUUAUUUAAAAAUGUUUGUGUUACUACUGAUAUAUACUGGUAUUUUUUUUUUCCUUUUUUGAAUUAUCACGGAAUUUAUUUUACUAAAAGAACUUAUUUUUCCCUAAUGUUAAUAGGACAUGUUGAGAAAGAGAAAUGUGUUGAAUUUAAAAGGAUUGGCAAAUUUUAUCUAGAUUAUGAAAACAGAAAUAAAGUGUUUGAAUGAAUAUGGGUGGGAAAAUUGGAAAAUAGACAACAUUUACACAUAUAUAACCACAAUUAGUGUCAGCUUUAAAACUUUCUUUUAAAACAAUACUAGAAUUUUCCUAUGAAAUUGCUGAUCUUGAAAGCUGCUACAUAUGUUCCUGGCAGGUGAAAAAUGGAAAAAAAAAUCAUAAAAUUACAGUGUCAAUUUAAAAAACUUUAAGCAACACUACAUUAUUUCUUAAAACUUCCACUUAUCUUUUGUGGGGGUGGAGACUCGCUUGUAGAAAAUAUUUAUUCUUCAUAUUAAAUGUUGGGACACAGUACGGCCACAGAGCUACAGUAUUUGUGUCCAGGUCGGGAGCAAGUUGAAAAGAGAAGUGAACAAAAUAAUAGCAGCAAGAUCUUUUAUAGCUUGUAUUAGUUUUUUAGGUAGGGGUUAGAUAGCUGUAACUUUGAAAUAUAUACUCUUUACUGUUAGAUUAUGGAGCACAUUGUAGCCAAGGUGCUACUGAAUGUGUGCUCAGGUCGGGAGCAUAUUGAAAAAAAAUGUAUAUAAUAAAAGACACAAAAAGGAAAAUUAUCAAUAAAAAAUUUACAAAACUAGAAAAGGAAAAAAAAAUAACAAAUAACAAAAUAGUUCCUAACACUUGCAUCACUGUUUUACUAUUUUUGAAGUUCCAUAAAUUUAAAAACACUAUGCCAUUUUAAUAAACAUUUUAGCGUAAUUCAGUUAAAAACCUGCUAAAAUUGUGUCUGGGACAGGAUUGAAUUAGAUAAAAAUACAUACCUUCUAAAACAAACCCUUACAAAACAAAUAAAAGGAGCACUUCCAAAUGUAGGGUGUGCGUUUUGCGCAUCUAUAGCAUUUAAUAAGUGCUCCAAUUGUCAGAUGAUACAACUAGGAAACGGCUAAACUGCACCAAGUUUGAGAGGGAAUGAAUCAAAGCAUCAUUUAAAAUUUAUGAAAGGAGAAGAAUCCUUUUUGUAAUGCAAAUAACAAAAACAAAAAUCUUUACAAUUUUAGUUUUUCUGAUGUAUAGCAGAUUUACCUUAAAUAUGCAUCAGUCUGUUCUUAAAAAAUGUAGAAAAUGUGGCAAUUAAAACAUGCUCAGAAUUUUAAAGUAAACUUCCAGGAAUAACCUAUCUUAUAUAUUGCUGAUGAACUUGUGCCAGAGAGUGGUUAAAUUAAAAAAUCACAGAACAAUGAUGAAAUGGUAAAAAUUCUAAAGCAAUGAGCAAAUUCUUGAAAUUCCUUAAUCUGUUUUUCUAUCUGGUGAUAUGUAGGCUUAAAAAAAUAAUAAAAAAAUUAAAGUAAAAAUCAGUGAGCACAAUGAAACUUUAAAGACUGUUGAAUUUGAGCUUGGGUUAGGAACUAGCUGAAAAAAAAAGUUGCUAAAACAAUAGAACAAUAGUAUAAAUGAAUUCAUGUUUUAAAUUCCUAAAAAUAACUAUGCAUUGUAUUGUUUUGCAAAGAAAGGUAGUAGUUGAAAUACAUAAGGCCUUAGGCUCAGUUAGACAAAAGUAGGUUAGAUUAGAUGAAUUUCAGUUGUUAGGUUAAUGUUGUAAGGUAAAAAUAGUAAUCAAAGGAUGAAAAUUUGUUUCCUUCAGUAUUUUCUUUUCUUCUUUCUUUUUUUGUAAUAUUGAACUAUAUGUGAACUCUUUGUAUUCUUAGCUGUUAAAAUUCUAGAAUUUUAGGAUUAUAGUAUCAAAUCAUUGAAUUGGAUGUUAGCUGAAUUGACAUAAAUACAUUUUAAAAUCAUUUUUCUUUAGUAUAAUUUUCAUGUUUAAUGUUGAUUACUCUUUAAUAUUUCACUUUAUUUGGUUAAUUUCCAUUUUAUAUUUAAUAUAACUUGCUAGUCAUAAAAAUGGUGAUGUGAAUAAUGUAACCAACAAAUUGUAAUGUGUACCUGAAUGUAAAAUGGAAUUUAUUUUACAUUUACAAAUACAGGUAAUCCUUCAGCUGUAAUUACAACCUGCAUUUAAAUGUUUAUUAAAUAUAAUAAAACAUUUGGAUUAUUAAGCCAUUA